AUGCCAAAGAAAGAAAAAACACAACCGGCGUUUUACGAUAUCGGCGGACACAAUCCAGCCGCCAAACAGAUCGAUGAUGGCAUGAAAGCUGCCGGCCAUCUUUUCAAUAUGAUGGAUGCCAUGCAGAAGCUCCAGAUGAAAACUGCCAAGGAGUUCGAAAAGUAUGCUAGCACGCAUGAAGCUAAAAUCAGCAAAAUUGUGGAAUACGAUCCAGUUAAGCAAGUAAUGCUGGAACAGAUCAAAAUUGCUCGCUGUGCCGCCGCUCAUCACAGGGCGAUCGCCGCUGAAAUCAAUGAAAAAUGUUCCCAACCAGCCAAGACGUGGAAGGAGGAUACUUGGAAAAAGUCCUUUUUCGGGCCAUCAAAUGCCCAAAAAGAGCAAACGAAAAAGUUUAAACAAGCUCAAGAUUCAUGGGAAAAGAUGUACAAAAAGAAUGUUCAACUGCGAGACCAGUUUUACAAGGCGACGCAAGCAGAGAAAACUGCUCGUCAACAACAUGAUCAAGCCAAACUUGAACAAAAUGACCAAAAGGCGGCGAAGUUGGAAAACGAUUUGCAGACAAAAUCCGCGGAUUUGCAGGCCAAAGACCAGCAUUACAGGACGUCAUCACAAGAACUAGUUGACGAAAAGGACAAUUAUGUGAGAAGAAUGAAUGAGGCCUUUGAAGCCGCCAUGGAGUUUGAAAAGCAGCGUUUACAAAAGACCAGCGAGCUCAUUGGCAAUUUUAAUGAGGCCCUGGGACUUGAAAAGAACGAAAACAUGGUAUUCGAACUCAAGGCAAAAGAAAAGGGCGCUGAAUCAGAAAAAUUCAAUGUUAUAGACACCCUCGAAAGCGUGGCAGAGUCUGCGCAGUCCAUUGACAUCACUCAAAACCUCCAAAUAUACAACAACACCAUGGGGCCAAAUAACGCGGUUAAUAUGGUGUGGCCGGAGUAUCAGCCGUACGAUGAGUUGGCGCAGGCACAGAAAUUGUCUGGAUCGAGUGCUUCAGGAAACGUAGCAGCUGGUACAGAAGGCGUUUACAAUCAGUCUGCCCAGUACGACUCGCCUCCACCGCAGAAGAGUCCCAGCUACGAUAGCGAGCCCGAGUCGGAACCAGAGCCACAAGUACAAAUAGCCGAUACCGGCGGGGAAUAUACGGCCAUGGUAAAACAUCCAUGGACCAAACAGGACGAUGAUGAGCUCGAGCUGACAGAGGGAGAAAUGAUCUACGUUCUUGGCGAGCCAGACGAAGAAGGUUGGUGCAAAGGGCGCAAACAAGAUGGCACUGAAGGACUCUUCCCGGCCGACUAUGUCGACAUGGGAGAAGCCGCCGCUUAG